AUGCUGAGGUGUAUAUUGGGCUUUGCUAAUUUAUCUGGAAAGGAACCGAGGCUGUUGUACGCCUUCCAGGGCGUAUCUGCCUACCAUUUGCACAAUGGACGAGAGGAGUCUCUCACGCCUGCUGGACCCCAGACCUUGUCCCUCUUGAUGGUGCCGACUUCGUCGAGUUAUGCAGAUCCAGCAUCAUUUGACAGCGAGGAAGCCAGCCCCCAGGACUUCUACCUGCAUAUGCAUCUUCCCCCAGAGCUAGACAUCCCUCUACCGGCAACCACGCAGAUAUAUCAUCAGCCGCCAACAAGCUACUUGAUCCCGCGGUGGGAUCUAGGCCCAGAAAGCGGGGCCUUCACCCGUCUGGAAUUCCCUGUGCCAGGCAGUCGGAAGAAUUUACAGGAAGACGUCGACACCUUUGAGACCAUCUUGGCUCAAUGUACGGCCUUUUUGGAGCGGGCUCCCGUGCCAAAGUCGGCCAAGGCGAGAACUGCCACCGGACUUUCGACCUCUGGCUCUUCUCCUACAGCGUCCAAGUCCAAGUCAGCGAUCAAGGAUGAUUUGCCUGCGUACAACCCUGGGGACUAUGCCCCGGGACAGGGCUACGCCGAUGGCGCCCAGAGCAAGAAUGCGGGCGGGAAGAUCGUCCUCAUCGACGAGGAGGACGGUAGCGUAAUCGGAGAGCUUGGGGAAGGGUAUCAAGUGCUCGAGGACUCUGCUCUAAAGCCUGGCUCAAAAGAUCCGGUGGAAAUCACGCUUCCUACCGAAGGCCAGGACACCCUGGCAGUUGCGCCAGCACCAAAGGAGUUCCUGGAAAUGGAGCUGCAUCCAGCUUACAAGAAGUCAUUUCUUGUCUCCAAAGCUGUAUACGCCUCGCGCUUGAUUGUGACUACCUCCGAUUUUCUGUCUAAGGGCAUGCAAACCGGAGCCGACAGCUUCAAGGCCAAGACAAAGCCCAACGAAAAGGCAGUCACGUUUAAUCCCACCACUCACGAACACGCUCGUCGCAUUGGCAAGUUUUCUGGCAAUGUUGCAGAGUUGUCUGCCAAGACGGUUGGCCAAGUUUCGAAAGUGGCACAGAACCUGGGAGCCAGUCUCGCAGGACGAAAGGCGAGAGAUAGUUCAUCCAAGGGUAUCGGGCCAGAUGGCCAGCCUAUGGAGAAAUUCAAACCUGGCUUGCUCAAUAAGAGCUUGAUGGCCUUCUCGACAGUUGCUGAUGGCAUAGAGUAUGCUGGCCGAAGUCUCAUGAACUCUAGUUCGUCGGCUGCCACCGAAAUGGUGACGCAUCGCUGGGGCGAGGAGGCCGGACACUUGUCGAAACAUUUAGGAGGCAGUGUCAAGAACGUGGGCCUGGUUUACAUUGAUGUCACAGGCGUGUCAAGACGAGCAAUCAUCAAGGCUGUUGGCAAGGGUAUGGUGGUUGGCAGAGUAAAAGGUGGAGGCCAAGUCAUUGUCGGCGAAGACACAACGGAGCUGAUAACUGAUGGAGGCAGGCGAGGAUCUGGAACGAGUCUUGCACGAGAUGAUGCGAGCAUCGGCGGACCAUCCAAAGGGAAGCAAUUAUAUCAAUGA